AUGGUGCAGAAUACAAUGUCAAAAAUAAAGGCAGGUUUCUUGGAUAGAACGAGUCAUUGGGGGAUCAGCGGUAAGCGUUUGCGUAUCAUGGUGACGGCGACAUCGAUGAUCGGGUUUUCGCUUUUCGGGUACGACCAGGGUCUGAUGGCCAGUCUUAUCACCGGUACGCAGUUUAACUAUGAGUUCCCUGCCACCAAGCAGAACGGCGACAACGACACACACGCCACGGUUGUGCAGGGUGCGACGACAUCUUGUUACGAGUUGGGUUGUUUUGUUGGUUCGUUGUUUGUCAUGUUUUGGGGUGAAAAACUGGGCAGAAAGCCACUUAUCAUCAUGGGAUCGAUUAUCACGAUUGUGGGUGCGACGAUUUCCACCACCGCGUUCCGCGGUUACUGGUCGCUGGGUCAAUUCAUCGUUGGCAGAGUCAUCACCGGUGUAGGUACUGGUUUGAACACGUCGACGAUCCCAGUUUGGCAGUCUGAAAUGUCUGAGCCGGAAAACAGAGGUCUUCUGGUCAACCUGGAGGGUUCCACAAUCGCAUUUGGUACCAUGCUUGCGUACUGGAUCGAUUUUGGGUUUUCCUACAUCGAGACGUCGGUUCAGUGGAGAUUCCCUGUGUCAAUGCAAAUUUUAUUUGCGCUGCUUUUACUCGUCUGUGUGAUAAAUCUGCCGGAAUCACCUCGUUGGUUGAUCUCUCAAAGCCGAACCGAUGAGGCAUGCCAGGUCCUAGGUACGCUUGAUGACGUCGAGCCCACUGACGACCGUAUCGUAGCCGAAGUUACUAUGCUUCAUGAUAACGUCAAUAGAACGAAGAAUGAAAAGAAUUCUAUAUCCAAUUUAUUCUCAAAAGGGAAAUCUCAAAACUUACAAAGGGCCUUAGUUGCAGCUUCAACUCAGUUUUUUCAACAGUUCACCGGUUGUAAUGCCGCAAUUUAUUAUUCGACGGUUCUAUUUCACGAAACAAUCGGACUGGAGCCAAGGUUAUCUAUGAUUUUGGGAGCAGUAUUUUCGACUGUCUACGCACUUUCUACAAUCGGGUCCUUCUUUUUGAUUGAGAAAUUGGGAAGACGUAAAUUAUUUUUACUAGGAGCCACCGGUCAGGCUAUGUCAUUUACAAUCACAUUUGCAUGCUUAAUCAGAGCGACUGAAGAAAACGCAAAAGGUGCUGCUGUUGGUCUAUUUUUGUUCAUCACAUUCUUCGGUAUGGCACUGUUAUCCCUACCAUGGGUCUAUCCACCUGAAAUUGCGUCAAUGAAGGUUCGUGCAUCAACAAAUGCCUUUUCUACAUGUACCAAUUGGUUGUGUAACUUCGCUGUUGUCAUGUUUACGCCAAUUUUCAUUAAUCAAUCCACCUGGGGUUGUUAUUUGUUCUUCGCUAUUAUGAACUACUUAUACAUUCCAGUCAUUUUCUUCUUUUACCCAGAAACAGCUGGUAGGACUUUGGAGGAAAUCGACAUUAUAUUUGCCAAAGCCCACGAAGAUGGUACUCAACCUUGGAGAGUUGCCAACAAUCUGCCCAAGUUAUCGUUACAAGAAAUUGAUGACCAGGCAAACGCAUUGGGAUUAUACGACGAUGACUUGGAGAAGGAAGAUUUCAUGGAGGAAAAAGAGGAGGAUACUGGUGUUAAUGGCUAUGCUUUAUUUACCAGAAACCAAACUCAAUCUAAUGAUGAAGAUGAGUCAUCAAAUGAUUCUGCAAAUAAUGAAAAACCCGCGGAUGCUCAACCAGUGGCGCCAGUAACAUGA